ACGAGAACACAACAGUAAUGGCCGCCAAUUUCUCUGUGCAUGCACAGACACCUUUACUCUAGAUUGUACACAUGAACAUGCUGAAACCAAAAUGCGAAGUCUGAUCAAGCCAUGUACAUUUAAGGACAAUAUUCAUAACUGAUUGUAAAAGAAGCUUCUUUUGAUAGAAGUUAGUAUUGACAUUUCUGCACAAUAUUCGACUUGUUGCCAGGGAAGCUUUCAGUAGGAUGAUUUCGUGGAUUUGAGACUUCAGGAUAUACACCAUUACAGAAACCCAGUGAUAUAUCAUCAACAUUCCAGGUUGUGUCCGACUUACGGUUUUAUUCAUGCUGAGGACAUAAAGAAACUUCUCCAAUUUGAAACGCUUCCACAACGACAAUCAUGAGGGUGUCUGGUCUGGUUCCAGCACGUUUUCUAACUCUUAUUGCUCAUCUGAUAAUUGUCAUCGUCAUAUUUUGGUCCAAAGAUGAAAAUGUCAAGAUGUGUCUUCCUGAGUCCUAUACACAAGCACAAUAUGAUUUCAAGGAUACACAGUUGAUCAUUGGCUUGUCGGUCACUCUUGGGUUGUUCGCAGUCGAACUGAUUGGUUUUAUCGGAGGAAUCACAAUGUUCAUGCCAUUCCAGAGUUUACUGUCAACGUGUGCUCACGGCGGAGCUGCUGUGGCGUUGUCCUACUUCCUUUUCGACGCCUGGCCAUGUGACUGGUAUUGGUACAUCUUUGGAUUCUGCAGCGCAUUCCCAGGAUUGACAGAAAUCAUUACCAUCAUUGGUGUGUUAGCAUUUAAAAAAGGAUACUGAGCCCUAGCAUAGAUACUAUCAUGUGAAAUCCUAUAAGGGUGUUAGAUUGUUACGAUUAUAUAUUGACAGAGCAGGAUAAUUUUUGUCUGUGAUAAGGCAAUACUCCUGUUUUUGAUCAUCUUUUCAAGAGUAAGUGUAAUCAUUGUCAGUUGUUUAUGGGGUUUAUACACAACUUAUACAAACCAGUAUUGACAACAGUGUAUACCACACAGACUAUUGGUUCGUAUCAUGUGAUAGGCCAGGUAUUAUACUCUGUUUACAGAAAUCUGUUUUAGAUAAGGUUUUGAAUUCUUGUACAUUAGCUUUAGCUUCAACUAUAUGAUAUAUUUGAUUAGGAAUUUCUUAUUGUACACUUUGAUAUUCAUGUACAUGUAUAUGUCGUUAAACUUGGAAGAAGAUAAAUCUAAAUUACGAGUACAUUAUAUAUUUCUCCACCAGACACAUAUCACAUUAAAGGUGAUUUUUGCCAUAAUAGUUUGAUUGCAUACAUACUGUUUUAGCACUGCAUAAUGUCAUAUUUGACUUAGGUAUGAAUCGAGAGAUUUGAAACAAGUUGUGAUAUUGGACAAUUUUGUGCCUUUAAAUAAUUUAGACUCUUAUUUUUUGUCUUAUAUUGCAAAGUUUGUAAGUUAAAAGUUAUUAAACUGCCUUGUGUACUUAUAACAAGUGUACUUACAUGUCCGUCCUUAUAAUGUUGAUCAUUAUUCAAUGUGCUACAUUUUGGUGUCACAACCUAUUCUGAUGUUUGUAUGCUAUGAAAGUAAAAUAAAAUAUUUUUUAUGAAUUUUA